AUGAGGAAAGAUGCUUUUGAAUGCAAAAAGGUGAUGAGUCUGAUUCAAGAAGCUGGAUUAAUGAAAAAUGUUACUGGUUUUGGCAAGUGCUAUGAAAUGCUUGUUAAAGAAUUUAUUGUGAACAUAUCUAAGGAAUGUGACAACAAGAGGAGCAAGGAGUUUAGGAAAGUGUAUGUCAGAGGAAGAUGUGUGGAUUUUUAUCCUGAAAUAUUCAACAGGUUCUUGGGCAUAAAUGAAGAAGAACAGGCUGAAAUAGAAGUCUCUGACAAUGUCAUCUGCAAAGAGAUUACUGCUAAACAAGUGAAAGAAUGGCCAUCGAAAGGGAAACUAUCCGCAAGUGCCUUGAGUGUGAAGUAUGCUAUUCUCCACAGAAUUGGAGCUGCUAAUUGGGUUCCAACCAAUCACACUUCCAACAUUGCUACAGGACUAUGUAAGUUUAUUUAUAUUGUUGGGACCAAGUCAAGUUUUAACUUUGGAUCAUAUGUCUUUGAUCAAACUAUGGAGCAUGUUGCCUCUUAUGCUGUGAAGAUUCCAAUAGAUUUUCCCUCCUUGAUCUGUGGUGUUAUCCCGAGUCAACACCCAAGUAUCUUAAUCAGUUCUGACAAUAUCUGCAAAAGGGAACAUACUCUCUCAUUACAUUAUAGAUUGUUUACUGGGAAACAUGUUCCAGAUAUUGUAAUGACAUAUGGGCAGACACCUUCCAUGCCUACUAAUAGAACAUGCAUCCUUGCUGAGCUAAAAGAUACCUACAAGACUUUCGAUGAAACUAUCAAAAGUUGUACUGAAAGGAAAAGCAAGAUUGAAAUAUUGAUAAAGGCCUUGUCUGAAGAAGAAGAAAGUUUGAAAGGUAAUGGAACAGAUGAAGAAGAGGAAAAUGAAGAUGGGUCUGAUUCAAGUGGUGAUGAAGAUGCUACCAGUAAUGAUGAGGACUGA